AUGUUUUAUUUCCACUGUCCGCCACAGCUAGAGGGCACUGCGUCCUUCGGCAGCCACUCGACGGGGGACUUUGACGACGGGUUUCUGCGCAGAAAACAGCGCCGGAACCGGACAACGUUCACUCUUCAGCAGCUGGAAGCUCUUGAGGCAGUUUUUGCCCAAACGCACUACCCAGAUGUCUUCACCCGAGAAGAGCUAGCCAUGAAAAUAAACCUCACAGAAGCUAGAGUGCAGGUUUGGUUCCAGAACCGGAGAGCCAAGUGGCGGAAAACGGAGCGAGGGGCCUCAGAUCAGGAGUCCGGUGCCAAGGAGCCCAUGGCAGAGGUGACACCUCCACCGGUGAGAAACAUCAACUCCCCGCCCCCUGGGGACCAGGCCCGGAGCAAGAAGGAUGCCUUGGAGGCCCAGCAGAGCCUGGGGCGAACAGUGGGUCCCACGGGACCUUUCUUCCCCUCCUGCUUGCCAGGGACCCUCCUGAACACAGCCACAUAUGCCCAGGCCUUGUCACACGUUGCUUCCCUAAAAGGGGGCCCACUAUGCUCUUGCUGUGUCCCGGACCCCAUGGGCUUGUCCUUCCUCCCCACCUACGGCUGCCAGAGUAACCGCACGGCCAGUGUGGCCGCCCUGCGUAUGAAGGCCCGCGAGCACUCGGAAGCUGUCCUGCAGUCGGCCAACCUCCUGCCGUCCACCAGCAGCAGCCCCAGUCCCGCGGCCAAGCUGGCGCCCCCAGAUGGCAGUCAGGACAAGAUCCCUCCCGCCAAGGAACAGAGUGAGGGUGAGAAGAGCGUAUGAGGCCCAGGAUGUGUGAGCCUGGAGUGCCCUCCCUUGCCCAUGCUUCUCCCAGCCUCAGCCCCUGCGGAAAACUCUCAGAACAGCAAGGAGGAGCCUGCUGCCCCAGGGCCCUCCUCUUGGACUUGGAAAGAGAAAAAGAGACCCACAGUUAGCUCCCCUGGUCCUGUCCCAGUCCAUCUGAAGUCCUGCCAUAGAGCUGUGCUGCCCCUGGGUGGCUUCUUGGGUGACAGCCCAUUUCUUGCUGGGCUACCUCAGUGGCACUUGGGGCACUGGAACCCAUUAUGGUGUGACCCCUGGAGUUUCCAUUCAGACCCAGGAGCCUUAGGGGGAGGUGGAAUUGCUUACUCCACUCCCCUCCCUGGCCCCAUCCUGGGCCUCCCUCUGAAGGUCUUGUCAACCCAAAGGACCCUGGCAUGGGCCAACCUUGGGAGAAGGCCCAGUGCUGAAGUUCUCACAAUAUGAAAUGGGACUGUCCCUGAUACACGUUUAGGACCAGGACACUGGUGUCAUCCCAACCAACU